AUGCCCACUGCAAACGGCACACACGUCUCCCGCCCUCUGAAGCCUGGCGUUUUCGCCCCCAUUCCUACCUUUUUCCUCGAGGGCUCCCAGGACAUUGACAUUCCAACCCUCAAGAAGCAUGUCGCCCAUGUCGGCUCGGCUGGAGUCGGAAUCGUCAUGUGUGGCUCUAUGGGCGAGGCCCACCAUUUGACUGCAGACGAACGGAUUCAAGUCGUCAAAGCUGCUCGUGAAGCACUCGACGAGGCUGGACUCACUACAGUGCCCAUUAUCGCCGGUACAGGAGCUGGCUCGACAAGGGAGACAAUCAAGUUGAGCAAGGACGCUGCUCAGGCUGGUGCAGACUAUACCAUUGUCAUUCCCUCGGGUUAUUUCGCUGGUGCACUCGCCAAUGAUCGACUGGCCAUCAAGACUUUCUUCAAAGAAGUCGCCGAGGGAAGCCCGUUACCCGUCAUGGUCUACAAUUAUCCUGGCGCCUCUGGAGGUAUCGACAUGGAUUCCGACUUGAUUGAGGAAAUGGCGGCGGAGAUUCCAAACCUCUGCGGGGUCAAACUCACAUGCGGAAAUGUCGGCAAACUCACGCGUAUCGCCGCGACAGUUUCGAUUCCCUCGUUUGCAAAGGAGCACCCGCGGAAGAACAAGGAUGCUCCCUUCCUCGUUCUCGGUGGAUUCAUCGACUUUUUGCUCCCGUCCUUGUACGCAAAUGCCCAUGGAGCCAUUACCGGUCUUGCCAACUUGUACCCGCACACCAUUGCUGCACUCUGGAAUGCAUCUCUUGCGACGCUUCCAACCGCUACUGGUCACGCAUCCGACGCUGUCCAACGCCUCGAGCAAGCACAGCACCUGCAGGGGAUUGUCGCGCGUGCCGAUAGAACCAUUGCGGUCUCGGGCAUUGCAGGAACCAAGUGGCUAUUGGAGAGGAAGCACGGCUACGGUGGUGUAUGCCGACGUCCGCUCGGACCGCUGCCGGCGUCUGUAGGCGAGGUUCUCGCGAAGCACAAGCACGUUGUCGAUAUCUCCCAAGUCGAGAGCGAGUUGGAAAAGGCGCACAAGACCAAACCUUACUCUUCGACCCCGGCUGUGAUCAAAGCGACGAAUGGUGUCCAGAAUGGUGUGCCGGUAAGCAGUAGCCAAGAAAGCUCGUCCACUCCUACAUCUUCACUCUCGCCUGCUACGCCCUCGACGAGUGCUGAGAACGAUCAGUCAUCGGUCACGGGAAAGAAGAAGAGCCAUUCGCGCUCAGGUUCCCUUUCGAAUAGCGUCCGGUCGCUGUUUGGUUCGAUGAAGCGCAAAAAGGCGACGGUGGCAUGA